UGCAGCAGCUGGAGUCUCGCCUUGAUUUGUGCGUCAAAAUGAACUCGUCAACCAAUCUGAAGCUGCGGUUACCCGUGUUGGUGUUGGUGUUGGAGGUUGUGAUGAUAACCCUCUAUGCUGCGUUUGUCACGUAUGAUGACAACACUGAUGCCAAGCUGCAGAACAAUGAGACCAACCCAAUGGACAACUCCCUCUAUGAGGACUACCCGUACUUUGCAGACGUGCAGGUGAUGAUCUUCAUCGGCUUUGGUUGUCUCCUCGCCUUUUUUCGCUUCUACGGCUUUGGCGGAAUGGUCUUCAACUUUCUUACAGCCACGUUCACAAUCCAGUGGGCGAUCCUGAUUCAGGGAUUCUUCCAGUUUUACCACGACGGAAAAAUUCACUUGGGGGUAAUCAACCUGCUGAACGCGGAGUUCGCCUGUGCUGUGGUGCUGAUCUCAUUUGGGGCGGUGCUUGGGAAGACCAGUCCCGUUCAGCUCCUGGUCAUGGCUUUGCUGGAGAUCCCUGUCUUUGCUGUCACGGAGUGGGCGGUCCUGAAAUACAUCAGGAUUAAUGACGCAGGUGGCACUAUUCUUAUUCACCUGUUUGCCUGUUACUUCGGCCUUGGGGUGACAUUUGUGCUCCAUCGUCCAACUCUGAACGACGGACAUCCUAAGGAGACCACCAGUUAUCACUCUGAUAUUCUGUCUGUGAUGGGAACGCUUUUCCUCUGGGUCUUCUGGCCUUCUUUCAACUCUGCUCUGACCUUUAAAGGUGACGACCAGCACAGAGCAAUCCUCCACACGUUUAUCGGCCUGAGUUCGUCCACCAUCACAGCGUUUGCGCUUUCUGUGUUAUUCAACAAAAGAGGUAAGCUCACAAUGGCAGACAUUCAGAACGUCACUCUGGCUGGAGGCGUCACUGUUGGAGCUUCAGUGGACAUGAUGAUCUCUCCUGUGGCGGCGUACGCCUUGGGCGUCAUGGGCUGCACUGCCUGCUUCUUCGGUUACAAGUACCUUACCCCUUUUUUGGCUCAGCGCAUGAGGAUCCAGGACCAGUGUGGUAUUCACAACCUCCACGGCCUCACAGGCCUCAUAUCGUCCGCAGCAGGGAUCUGUGCCAUCCUUCUGGCCUCAGAGGAGACCUACGGGCCCAGCAUGUAUCAAAUCUUCUCCCACCGGGCGCCACCUGCGGGAGACCCAAAGCUGCUGGAGCUGCAGCAGCUGAUUCCUGGGAUGAAGCCGGGCUUGGGUCGCACCGCACAGGAACAAGCUCUUUAUCAGGUCGCAGCUGUCUUCUCCACGAUUGCAGCUUCCACAGUUGGCGGGCUGCUGACUGGACUGGUCAUGAAGCUGCCGUUUAUGGCGUCGCCGUCCGAUGAAGACUGCUUUGAUGACGAGCUUUUCUUUGACAUGCCCCCAGACUUUGAGAGCGUCCAGGUGCUCAAGAACUUUAUAAGCAUGGAGGAAAAAGAAAAAACAGGUUCUGUGAACAGCAAAGUCUGAAGCACUUGGAUGUUUAAUCCUAAUCUCUGAAAUGUUGCAGAGGAGAAUUAGCAAUUUUCUAGUUUUAGGAAAUAAACAUACUGAGUUUUUCUGUAAAAUGCUGCUUUGCUUUAAUCCUCCAGAAUUAAAGUACAAGGGAUGUGGUUUCAGUCUUGUUUUUUCAUUGCUCUUAUUUUACUCAGGCUUUGCUUUGUUUUACUCGUUUCUGUUUUCCAUUUAACCUUGACCAAACUACCGAGUCGUGUUGCUUUCUUUCGUUGGAGCACACGCAAUUUGAGAGCAGCCUUUUCUUUAAGUUUCUUUGUGUCCGUUUCUAAAAUCCAGUGUAAAUGUGGUGCAUCCUUGGACAUAUCUCAUAACAAAGCAGAGGAACUUAGUGCUGAAGCUGAAGCUGGCGUAAGUGUUCAGACUCCCGCUUCAACGAUACAACAAGAUGAUGCUGUUCUGUUUUGAUUAGCAUGGCAGAUAUUUACGUUCUGUUAUCAUUGAAGAUACAUUUAAUAUAAGAAUAAGUAACAAAAACAAAAAAACAUGCAUCCUAGUUGAGAAAAGCCUUUAUGCACAGAUUUGGGUUUCACUUGUGUCUUUUGCAGUUUCAGCUGUUUGAUCUAAAAGUAAAACUGAUGUUUUUAUCUAAACACGAACAGAUUCUUACUGAAGUCAAGUGAUCAAACUCAUCUCUUCAAAAAUAACUAAUCAGUAAAUAGUCUGUGUUGUCUUUAUUACUUUAACAGCUGAAAAAUGUUUGAUUUUGUGUUUUAACACAAUCAAAUAAGCUUUACCCUCUGGAACCUUUGUGUCACAAACUCAUUCAAUCUUUAUGGAUCAGGAUCAGAAGCAGAAUCAGAAGUGGAAGCAAGUCAGAGUAGGUACUGAGCGGGUCAGUUCAGGUGCAAACACAACACAGGGUCAUGUGACUGAAACAAAGCAGCUGGAGUGGGCAGGUCUAAAAUUGUCGUUAAUGUCAAAAAUAAGCAUGUUAUUGAUUGUGAAGUCUGGAAAACCAGAAAUGUUGGCAGUUUGGAUAUAGUAAUUACUGCUCUUGCUGCUAUAGUGUCAAAAGCAUUUGAAGGAAUUAUUCUGGAGAGGACUAAAGUUCUUGUUUGCGCCACUGAUGAUCAUCCCCGCGACCCUGCACAGACAAGUGGUUAUGGACAAUGGAUGGAUGAUCAUUUUGGAUUUAAAUCUCAUCGUGGCUCAGACAUAUCCACAUAUGUUUCACAGGAACUUCUGCACUGUAGAGCUCUUACACGUUGCAUAUUUUUUAACAUUUUUAUUUAUUUAUUUUUUCCCCGUGUCCUGUGUGGCUGUGAAGCAAACAGAAUUAAUGUCUGAAUGCUGAUGACAAGCCUUACAGAUUCACUCCACCACCCUGUGUGGACAACGCGGGUUCAGAAAAUGGAUGGAUGGAUGGAUGGAUGUUAUUGUUUUUUGAAUGCUUGUAAUUCCAACCAGACACAGAGACAGAGGUGAAAGAGAAAAGAAGAGACAAA